AUGGAAAGUCUCGCGAGCGUCGACGGCUCGCUGGCCGGCCGUCAGGUUGUGCCCUUCCAGUCUCCUCUCCAAUUGCAUCCGCCGGCAUCAGCUGGGGCGCUGGAGAUCUGCAUAUCACACCUCCUCUUGGACCCAUGGAGGCGACAGGCCAAGGUUGGAUUUAUCGAUGGCUGGCGCAGAUAUCGCCAAGAGCGUCGGGACAGGGUAUGGGCCAUCAUCUCCCACAGUUCUCUGGAUUCCCACACCGAGCCGCUGACCCAAGUCGAGAUGCAGGGACUCACGGCCGGGAGAGAAGAUCGAUAUGAAUAUCGAAGUGCGGCAAUCUCCCAUGACCACUCGCGCGAGAAGGCAAAGGUGCAGCGCCCUCGCAGAGCGAGAAAGCAUACAAUCAAUGACCAUUUCCGGGCAGCAAAUGUUGCUCGUGACAGACUGACGCUGCCAAUCGCUUCCAAACUUGGAAUCUUCAGCAAAGGCAAAGCCUCAUCCCCUAUCAAGUCACGGCGGCGCCAGCAUCUCAAUUCAUCACAGAAGAGGGAUGGCUGGGAAGGCACGAACGUCCCAACCUCACCACUAUUGGACCACGCAUCGUCCCCAACCGACCUUUCAUUGCGUGAGAGGAAAAUACCUUUUGACAUCGCUACAACUAGGGGGAAAGGACCAAAGCUGUCGAGACUGAGUUAUCACACUCGUGGUAAAGAGUGGCUUGAUAUUUAUCAUCAUAGUUUCCCAGCACUGCCUGACGAGAAGAAGGCGAAUCGAAGAUCAAAUAAGUCGAUCAACGCAAAGGAUAGAAUUUCUGAGAGACGACAAGGGCCAAAAGAGUCAAAGAGAUUCUCGAUUCGAGAGCUGACACCGUCAAGGGAAAAGGCUCCAGCCCAUGACGGACAACAGAGGUCCUCAAGUGCCAGCGAGCACAUUGCUUCUUGCCGGGAGCCUCGGUCUUCUACGCCCUACAUCUGGUCAACGAGUGAGCCCCGCGUCUCCCGGUCAGACCAGACUGUGGAAGCGCAUCUGUUGGCUGUACUCCACAAGGGUCUCUCUUUGAAGGGAACCGAUGACCAAGGCUCAAUGGUCCAUCAAACUCGACACUACUACGAUCUCCAAGACCUGAAGAGCAUUUUAGACGCAAAGAAAACAGCGUGGGGAGUGCAGACGGUUGCUGCGAGCGUCGGGUCUCACUUACCCUCAAGCUUGGUAACCGGAUCUAAUUUCGCUCCAUCCGAUGUCUCUGAAGGCCAAAAAUCCUUGGAGAUUAAAAAGACAACGGAUUGGCGAGGAAGCAUUAUGGCAAGACCUGGGAACCAGUUCUCUGUUGAAUUUAUGACGCCGGAUCAACACCAGCUGCAUGCGUAUCGGCUAGAGGAUGACGACGAUCGCUGUUUGUCAUCGGCUACAGACGAGGCAUGUGGCCAUGCUGAUUUGAGCAUGGAUGUCAUUGAGAGUGACUCAAACAAUCAGGAGCUCUUCUUCAAGAAGCUAGAUGCGCGCUUGCAGGAAAUAGUCGGAUCCGAAGGUGAAGAGUUGACUGCAGCGGGAGGGGAGCUAGAAAUACUUGAGACGUUGCAGGGAUCCUGGCACGGACUGCAAGCGGACUCUGGCUGUCGAGCCACACGAAUUGCAAACAAUGACAGCUGUGACCGCCUUAAUAUACUUCAAUGCAGCAGUAUGGAAGCCAGGAAUGCGCUUUCUACGAUGCCUCGCGGGACGUUCCCUUCUGUCGGGGCACAAUUUUCCACGGAAUCCAGUGCACUCUGCAACGGCAAAGCCCCCACGAGCCACCACUUUCUGACUGGCAGUACCUCUAGACCGGAAAAAGAAAGGAGACAUUUUUCUCCUCUUACCAGCAGCCGCAUUCCUCGGCUAGCGACCCGGAUGAACUCUAAACGAAAUGACAUCCCUGCAGGUUUUUGGAGACAACACAAAUUAUAUUAA